AUGCCGGCCUUCGCCAUCUCCUUCCGACCCAGCCUUGGGGCUGGGCUAUGUCGAGGUCAUGAUAGCGGGGUCGUCCGGCCCUGCCCACGAAGAGGCAGCGUGCGGGUGCAGGGCGCGAAGGUUGCCCCCACCACCACGGGUCGGCAGCCCAGGAAGAAGCAUGGAGAUUUCCCCGUGGAGGAGACCCGUCGUGUAGAUUCGGUGGGCCUGGUGCAGUGGUACCCAGGCCACAUCGCGGCUGCGGAGCGGUCCCUGCAGGCCAAGCUGGCCGCGGUUGACCUGGUGGUGGAGGUGCGGGACGGGCGCUGCCCCGCGCUGAUCAACCGCCUGCUGGGUCGGCGCGCGGCCGACAGCGCCCCCCGCCCCGGGGUCACGCGCCAGCUGACCUGGGCCAGGGCGGGGGAGCAGGGCAACAUCGACCUGCUGGACACGCCAGGCAUCAUCCCGGUCAGCCUGAAGGACAAGGCCGCCGCCGCGCGGCUGGCCAUGUGCAACGACAUCGGCGAGGCGGCAUACACCGCCUCGCGCAUCGCAGCCUCCUUUCUGGACCAGGUCAGCGUCCUGCCGCGCGAGGCAGAAAUCUGGGCCGCCAUCGAGGCGCGGUACCGAGUGCGGCGGGGGGGGAUCACCAGCGAGGAGUAUGUGGAGCGCAUCGCGCAGCGCCUCUUCAAUGCGGAGGUGGAGAGGGCGGGGCAGCGCAUCCUGCGCGACUUCCGGGACCUGAAAUUUGGGGAGAUCUGCCUGGAGGUCCCCAGUAGCACCGUGUGA